UCCAGCUUAUUUGUUGUAAAGCAAUCUCGGAUUGUGUAUAGGAAAAAACCUCUUUACCUAAAAUAAAGGUGGACUAUAAAUUUGUUGUAAAGCUGCCAAUUUGAUAUAACCUCUAGAGCUAGACAAGGAACAUCUGGAGAGCAAGCCCUCCUCAGAGAGACUUAAAAUCGUGCAGCUGGAGUUGAGUAGUCAGAACUUCCUCUGUGCUGAAGUGGAAAAUGAAUCCUGCUUUCGUUCUUCGUGUUCUGGCCCAACUGUUGCUUCUGGCUACUAUUAUUCAUACUCAGCACCACGAUUUCCAUGGAGAGGAGUGGGUCAACGCUUGGCGCCAAGGUUUUAACUUCCAAUGCCCUCAUGGUGAGGCACUGGUGGCUAUCAAAAGCUACUUCAGUGAGGAAGAGGGCUCAGACCGUGUGUGGAGCUUUGAAUGUCAGCCGACCCCCUCUACCCUCGGUGAGCCUAGCGCGUGCUGGUGGGAUGAUCUUAACCUUUCUGGAAUGGAGUGGACCUCCACGUGCAGUGACAACGGUAUAGUGGCUGGAGUGAAGAGUCAAUACUUUCCUUCUACUCUGGACAGAGAGUGGCGUUUCUACUGCUGCCGCUACAGUAAAAGAUGCCCUUAUUCCUGCUGGAAGACUUCAGACAUUCCAGAGUACUUUAAAGAAGAGGCUGAAUUGAUCGUCCCUGCUUAUGGCUAUUUCAUCCGAGGAGCUCAGACCACCUUUAGUGGGGUGGUCCGGGAUCGCCAGUGGAAGUACAUCCUCUGCAGGAUGACAGAAUAUGAUUGUGAAUUUCAGAAUGCAUAAGUCUGGAAUUUAAUAGGGACCAAACACCGAAAUGUCUACAUAAAUGUCUUUUUCAUUAAGUUCACCAGUCCAGUGGACUUAAAUGAAACCUAAUUUGAGCGAUUAUGCACCUAGGAAUUGAUGUCGUUUCUAUGGGAUACAUUUUUACAUUUUAUAUAAUCCUGCAUGGUUUAAGAGGCUUUUCUUGAUUAUAGUAAUAUAGGUAGCAACUAUAUAAAACAACUAGGCUUUUUCUUUACAUACAAUCAGUUUUUUUUCUUCAAAGAGUAUAGCAUUAAUCACAUGCCAGGUCAAAGAAUGGCAUGUAUUUUCUGACAUCUAAUUUUCACAAAGUUAUUGCAGUGUUUUGUAUCUUAUUUUGCAUUCGAUGUUUAAAGCAGCUACAUAACAACCAAUAAAGCAUUUUCUUCCAGAGA